AUGCAGCAAAUGAGCUCGCCAACUUCCUCCCUACGCCAUGAAGACUUCACCGUAGCUUGGAUCUGCGCCUUACCCGUGGAGAUGGCAGCCGCCGAGGCGCUGCUGGACGAGCGUCUACCCGACCUGCCCGCCCGACCUCACGACAACAACACGUAUAGUUUCGGCGUCUUCCACGGCCAUCGCGGUGUUAUUACUAGUCUAUCGUCUGGGGUUUACGGGACUAAUUCUGCAGCGGUCGUAGCCACUGGAGUCCGCAUAAGUUUCCCAUCUCUUCGAUUUGGACUAAUAGUCGGAGUGGGCGGAGGGGUGCGUGACGCUGGAGUUCAGCUCGGGGAUGUUGUCGUGAGCAAGCCCACUCGUGAAUAUGGAGAAGUUAUAGACCAGCGUGGCUGCCGCAUCUGGUCAUAUACUCACGGUAAAGCUUCUUGUUGAGGAAGGAGCUGAUAUGGGAGCCAUCGAUCAUGAAGGGGAUCCUGCCCGCCUCUAUGAUUUUUCAGAACCGUCACAUGGAAGUUGUCA